AUGGCGGCUUCGGACUGUUAUUGUUUAAUGAACGAGCGAUAACACCGUUUUCCGUAAUAUAGAUCUAGCUACUAACUCAUGUCUGCUACCGUUGCGUAUUAAUGUACUUUGUACAUUGUACUACCUAUGUGUUAGUGUCAAGUGGUGCCUGUAUACUCUCGUAUUUGAUUCCGGUAGGAGUAUCCGUUUUUCUAACGCUGUUUGAAUGUUGAAUUUCUGUAGUUGUCGUGUACUUCAAAAAUGGAUGAUCUGUUCAAACCGUAUGGAUGUGUUUUAGAAUAAAAAUAGCAGAUGUUGAAGGUAAUAUAAGUGAUUGAUAGCUUGUCAGAUAUCAUUAUUUAGGGUAAGAUGUGUAUGUGUAUGUGGAUUGUUACCGCGAUUCCAGCACUUUUUGGCCACGUUUAUGCUGCCAGUAACCAGUAUGGAUCAAUAUCAGUGGAAGGACCAGCUUUUGUGAACAGGGAGGUAACAUUGAAAGCGACUCCACACUAUCCUUGGGGGUGUGACGUAGAAUGGAGAUACUUGAUGGAAAAGGGAAAAGCAUUCCGUACAAUAAAGGGGACAAAUAUUUCCAGAUAUUUGGAAAAAGGAUCGUUCUUUUUAAAAUUGACGCCCUCAAUUGAAUACAACAAUUCUGUUUUCUUUGCCAGAUGUUCAACAAACACAACAAUUAAAACACGAAUGAUAUCUCUAAAUAUGAAAGAUAUUGUUGGUCAAUGUGGUGCUCUCAUGCUUCUAAGCCCUGUCGUUCGCGGUGCAGACGUUAUAUUGGGAUAUUUUCCGUCUGAUGACUCUAUAAAGCGUCAAACAUUCACUAGACGUACGUGGCAGAAGAAUAAACAAGAUAUACAAUUACGAGAAGGUUUUUACGAAGAGAAAAUCAGUUCUGUAUAUCUUUUUACAUUAACGAUAUUCAACUUUGAUGAAGGAGACGAGGGAACAUAUAAUCUAGAGUGCAAUUCAGUCGACAACACAGAAUCUGUGCAGCUUCAUUUUUUAGAGCAACCUAGUUACCCUGUACUCGGUCCAAAGUCCAAUGACUUUAAUACAACACAAUGCAUUUAUGUGUAUGGAGGCUCCGACAUGUAUUGCAUAACUGAUAAUGGAACAAAACCCGUACAGGUCAUACUUUCACUGGGCCAGGAUUCAUUUGUUUUUGGUGAAACUGAAAUAAACAACGGAUUGUACAGAUUCCGUUACGCUAAUCAACAAAUGGCUGGACUGUCAAGACAGAAUGUGACAUGUCAGGUUUCAUAUGCAGUCCUUGAAACAUCUUACGAAGUGCAUGGAAUUCUAUGUAACGUGGAGCAAGGUAGCCCGCCCAUCCUAACAGUUCCAGAAUUCCUUGAUGGAGAAAAUUCAACAGCAUCUUGUGCAGUUCGCAAUGCUAUCCCAGCUCCGGCAAUAGAAAUGCACAUUGGCACAGUCUUGCUAGAUGAUGUUCUACAAACUGAUUCUUUCCAAGGAUCUUCUUAUACUUUUACAAGCUCAGCAAGAGUGACAAAGGCUAACAUAGCGUGGAAUGGAAAAGAGAUGUGCUGCACCAGAAAGAGCAAAUACGAGUUUGGUUUUAAUGAUAUCUCAGUAUGCAAAAACAUCAGUAUGAAAUUCCCACCCUCGAACAUUUCUCUGACCAUUAACAAAAUACCAAAAUACAACAACACUUAUUUUAUCAGUGUCCUAAAUAUUUCUUGUGAAACGAAUGAAUCAAAUCCGCCUUGCACAAUUGAAUGGUCAAGCGACAACAGUAAUUUGAGAUACAUUCAGAGUAACAAUUGGACGAAUGGAGACAAUGGGAGAUAUAGUGCUGUAUCGAACGUGCUUUACAGUGUUUCUAAAUACAUGGCUGGGGGAACUAUUACUUGUUCAAUAAGAUGCGAUCAUUUUCAAUCACAUUUGACUACAAACUACACAGUAUCUUCCUCAGGUGGUCCGACUCUGUAUUUGAACAUGACAUCACCUGUUCAAUUAUGCCCAAAUACUAGAGUGACCGUAAACUGUCUUGUGGAUGACAGUAAUGCUAAUGGACAAUGGACGCUUAGAUGGGAAGAUGCAAAUACCACUGUGCUAAGGAUUUGUACACAAAUAGAGGAAUGCCUUUUAACGCUGGAUUAUACGGGAGAUGGUUUAAACACAUACAUUUGCUACGCUUGGACAUCAGUGGACCUUUUGAAACAUUCCUUGACAGUUUCAAGCUCAAUGACAGAGGACCUAUUUAUGGAGGCAACUAUUGUAAAACAAAGCAUUCCUAAUAUACUUAACUUAACCUGCAACACCAGCGGAAAAUGCAUGCCAUGUGCAAUUGCAUGGAGCAGCAACUCCGUCUUACUUGACCCUAUAUCGACCUCACAAUGGACAAAGAACAGUGGCUCCGGCUAUACAAGUGUUUCAAAUGCUCUCUAUUUCAUUACUAAAGAUGUGGACGGGAAAAGGAUACAGUGUUCUGUAAAUUGUGGGAACGAGUCUUCAUAUUCAAACAAUGAAACAUACACAAUUUCCUUUCAAGCUGUUCAAGAUUCAACUAACAACUCUGCACCAGUUCUAACCCAAAAGUGGUUUAUGUCGGUCAUCUACGCCGUAGCUGGAACACUUUUAUGUCUACUUGUUCUAACGUUAACCUUACUUCUCUUUAGGCGAUGUAAACCUCAUGUUUAUGCAACGCUUCUACGCCGAAGGAAAACUGCAGUUAGAGAGCGAUGUACACAUGUGUAUGAUACGGUGUCUAAUGUUGAGACAACUGCGCUUCACAAUCUGAGAGGAGUGUCAACAAAUGCUAUCCAGGUCACAAACGCACCUCAACAUUUGGAUAUGGAAGGAAACAAAGUCCUCUCAAAUGAAAAUGUAAGCCACUAUGACUAUGUGGACACUACAUCCGACCACAGCGACAGUCAGACAAACGCGCCGGAUGCAAAUUAUAUUCACGCUUUAUAAAACUACGUGAGAGUCGUUUUUACUAUGUAGUCAGAUUUGUAUUGUUCGAAAAUCCUAUGAUCAUUUCAGUUACGCUAACUGUUUCAAGGCGUUUAUUGUUAUUUGUUUCCUCCCUUUUGUACAAUUGUCAUAUCUUUUUUAAUUUAUUUAUCAUAUGAGUGCAUAGUUUCGUAGAUGAUUGAUAUUAGCCGGAAAUAUAGGUAUUGUUGUAUUGCACCUUGGAAGAUUUUGAAUAUAAACGAUAUUUUGAUUUUUCAGUCAUUAUUUAGUCAUUAUUCAAUGGAAACUUUUAUAUAUUAUAUAUGUGUGUGUUUGUGUGUGUGCGUGUGUGUACAUACCGUGGAUGGUCUUAUGAGGUUGAGCAAGGUUAAGCUUUAUACAAAACUUCAAUACAUUAUGUUUGACCGUUGUGCUUGUUGUUUUUGUUACUAUUGUAUUUUUAUAGUGUGAGUAAUCGGAUUGCCUGAUCCAGAAGUCCAACUAUCAACAUAGAGUCUAUGGCUGUUACCCUGUUCUAUUAUAGUUGCUAUGAGUUUUAUUUUACUUCUUUUUUGAUUAUCAUGAUGUUAUUUGUUGUAUAUAAUUUUGUGUCAUACUGGUCAUUUAAGCACAUCUGUGCACAAAAU